AGAGGAGUUGCCUUUGUUCUCAUAGAAGACGCAUCGAUCACUCGCAGCUGGACCGUGACAAUAAUCGAGCGAGGUGUUCGGUCAGACACCCUGAUAUACCCCUCAGCUCAUGAACGUCUUCGACACUAAGCUUUCUAGCUAAACGGCCAGUCAUCAUCUAUUGCUUUGCAAACAGUGAGGAUGGUGCCAUAUCAGUACCUGGCAGCCAACACUGCCUUCCUCCUUGGACUCCAAGCGAUAUGUACCAGUGCCGCCCCUUCGGUGAAUGUAGCGCUCAAGACUUCUUUCAAUUCAGCUCCCUACCUAGUAGAACUAUUAGAAACAGCUGCUGAUGAAAACUCGACCGCCUAUUACCCACUACUCGACCGCAUUGCGGAAGGCCACUUCGAUCAAGCCUCGACGGAUCGAGAUCUGUAUGAACUAUUCAAAAAGACACUACAAGAUGAGGGACAUCUUGCCAAAGCAGAAGACAUCUCUUCUUUCGAGUAUGCAUUGUCGAUACAUGCCGCUGCCCCUAGAAUAGAGGCACACUAUCAAUUCUACAACACUACCGUGGAGCCUACGUUGAAGAGACGGACGGAUAAGAGCUGUCAAACUUGGUUACACUUCAAUGGCCAACAAUACUGUGACUCCGACCUGGCAAGCUCAUCAGGAGAAUUAUUGGAUCAGGAGCGUGUGCUAGAUCUCCCGUUCGAUCGCAUCGCGGGUAACAAGCAGAGCAAGACACCCGCCAUCCUCUACGCAGAUAUCAUGUCUCCAACCUUUCGUGAAUUCCAUAAGACCGUUAGCGCAACCGCAAAAUCGGGAAAGACAUCAUACAGAGUCCGAUACAGGCCUUCUAUAGACAUUGCGGGAUCUCCACUUGCUGUCAGUGGGUAUGGUAUAGAGCUGGCCCUCAAGAGGACCGACUACAUCGUCAUUGAUGAUCGUCAGGCUGAAGACUCGGAUUCUGUGAGCAGUGAUGGCUCUAGCGCAAAGUUGACGGACGAAGAUGUGGCAGACCUCAAGCCGCUGUCCUCGAAGGAGCUGUUGAGAUUGGACAUGAGGGCGUCAAGCUUUGUAAUGAGCAGUGCUGAUCCAUUCGACACUUUGUUGAAGCUUACACAAGACUUCCCGAAGCACUCAGCAGCCAUGUCUACACAGGAGAUUUCCGAGGAUUUCAGGAAGGAACACUUGGUGAACCGCGAAGUCUUCCUACCAUCAGGUUAUAACGUCAUCUGGGUGAAUGGUCUCCAAGUUCUGGCUCGUGACUUCGAUGCUUACGCUAUGCUUGAGCAUUUGCGACGUGAGCGUAAGUUGAUCGACAGUGCGAGCGAGCUCGGUUUGAGCGGAAAGGAGGCCGUGCAGCUUCUAUCACAUUCAUCAAUCUCGGAAGCAUCCUCAAGUCAAGAACCUCAGCGUUACGAUUGGAGAGACGAGCUUGAAGAUGGCAAAGUCAUUAUCUGGAUGAAUGACAUUGAGCACGACAAACGUUAUGCCGAAUGGCCAUCUCAAGUCAGAGCGCUAUUGCAACGAACGUACCCAGGACAACUGCCCCCUGUUCGUAAGGAAAUUCAUAACCUUAUACUUCCAAUUGAUUUUGCCAACUACAAGGAUGUCGAGAUGGUCGUUGAGAGUCUACAAAGCUUUGUGAAGAGGAAAGUACCGAUUCGAUUUGGUCUUGUACCCAAAACCACUUCUGCCGCGUCGUCUGAGCAGGCCAAGACCGUAUACUACUUGCUCGACACUUAUGGUCUUGGUGUUGCUCUGGAAUAUCUACAGAAGCUUUCUUCUAGUCAAGGACGAAAGCUUGCAGGUCCGGUCCAGUCCGUAUUUGAUGGUGCCGCCAAAGGUCGCAAGCUUCGUAAAGACCGCACUUCAGCGCCACUGCAGGAGGUAUUGCAGAAUGAUGACUUCAAUGCACGUGUCGCGUCCGCAAGAAAGUACCUGGGCCGUUUAGGCGCAUCCGGCAAUACUCCACCUUUCUUUGUCAAUGGCAUUCCUCUACCGAUGUCCGACGAAUGGCUCCAGGAGAUGAGUCAGCGCGUCAGCACUGAUUUACGUACUGUGCAGAAGGCAAUCUUCGAAGAUGAGCUUGACGAUGAUAGCUACAUUCCCGAAGUGUUCUUGGCUCGCGCCUCAGCUCGUCGCAACCCAUGGGUCAUCCCCGAAGACGAGAACAGUAUCAGACAAGUUAACCUGGCAUCUCUAUCUGAUCUCACCGAAGGAGCCAUAGGAUCGGUACCUAGCUUACCAGCUAGCAAGGAUACCGUGUCAAGCGACCUUGUUCACCUUGUCAUAGUUGCAGACUUUGAUUCAGAAGCCAGCCAACGUAUGCUGUCUGCACUUCUUACUCUCCGCAAGGACGAGUAUGAUCAGGUAGAGAUCUUGCUCGUUCAUAGUUCCACUACGCCGCUGUCGACCUCGAGCUUUGCCGUUGAGUUGUUCAAGACUAUGAUCCUAGGCCCCACAGUCUCCUUGGAUGCCCUGCAAGCACUGCUGUCGAAGGGCAAGGUCACCGUCUCUGAAGAAGACGUUGUUGCCGCCAAUGCCUUCUGGUCGUCAGCUGACAGAUUCCUUGAGGAGAUCGGAUUCAGCAGUGGUGAUCAAGGCAUCUUGUUAGCUGGCCGAGUUGUCGGACCUUUGCCAUCAUUCGAGGACUUUGAUGGUGACGACUUCGAGACGCUUCUGUCAUACGAGCGUAUGAAGCGUUUGAUGCCGGCAGCUGCGGCUAUCAAGGGCGUCAACAUCGCUGAUAAGGCUAACACUGCCUUGUCGUUCUCCAAAUUAUCUAACCUCAUUGCCCUGUCAUCCAAGUCAGACGUCCCUGAGGGCAUGUUCGACUCAUCACCACCAGCUCGCUCAGAUGUCUUCAGCGGGUGGACCGGAUCACAUACUCUCAUCGAGCGUGGAGAUGCCGAGUCUGCAACGAUUCAGAUCGUCGCAUCAAUCGACCCAGCAUCUGAAACAGCUCAACGCUGGGUACCCAUCCUCAAGGUCCUGUCUGAGCUCUCUGGAGUCCACCUACGCCUAUAUUUGAAUCCAAAAGAGCGACUGGACGAACUGCCUGUCAAGCGUUUCUACCGGCACGUGCUGGAAUCGAAGCCAAGAUUUGACAAGGCAGGUUCUCUGCAGGGCACACUGGCACACUUUGGAGGCCUGCCGGCAGAUGCGCUUCUCACAAUGGCUAUGGAUAUGCCGCCUGCGUGGCUUGUCGCCCCUAAGGACAGCGUCCACGAUCUUGACAACAUCAAGUUGAGCUCGACACAAGGUAGAGACAUUGAGGCAACAUAUGAGCUCGAAAGCAUCCUUAUUGAAGGUCACUCUCGUGAUGUAACCAUUGGCACAGCGCCCAGAGGAGCGCAGCUUGUGCUGGGUACCAACAAGGAUCCGCAUUUUGCCGACACCAUUAUCAUGGCGAACCUGGGAUAUUUCCAGUUCAAGGCGAACCCUGGCUUCUACAAUCUCACUCUACAAAAGGGAAGAAGCGAGGAAAUAUUCAAGAUCGACAGUGCUGGCACCAUUGGAUACAGUCCUCAAGCAGGAGAUGAGAUUACUGAGAUAGCGCUUACCAGUUUCCGAGGUGCUACUAUCUUCCCUCGUCUCUCACGAAGACCUGGCAUGGAAGAUGAAGAUGUUCUUGAAAGUGCAAAGACAACCGCUGAUCACAUUGCUAACAAGGCCGAUGCCAUCCUUUCUAAAGUCGGUCUUGGUAGCGUAAAGUCAGGUGAUGUUCUCUCAAAAGCUCAGAAAUUCGGUUCUGGCCUCCUAUCAAAAUCAGGUGGCUCUUCUACUGAUCUUGCGACUCUGCCUCAUGCUGAUAUCAACAUCUUCUCGGUCGCUUCUGGACAUCUGUAUGAGCGCAUGCUCAACAUCAUGAUGCUAUCGGUUACAAAGCACACCUCACACACAGUCAAGUUCUGGUUCAUCGAGCAGUUUCUGUCUCCUUCCUUCAAGGCCUUCCUGCCAAUCAUGGCCGAGGAGUAUGGCUUUAGAUAUGAGAUGGUCACCUACAAGUGGCCUCAUUGGCUCCGUGGCCAAAAGGAAAAGCAACGUGAGAUCUGGGGUUACAAGAUCUUGUUCCUGGAUGUCCUCUUCCCGCUUGACUUGGACAAGGUCAUUUUCGUCGAUGCCGAUCAAAUCGUACGCACUGACAUGUACGAUCUUGUAAAGUACGACCUCCAAGGUGCACCAUACGGUUUCACCCCAAUGUGCGACUCUAGAACAGAGAUGGAAGGAUUCCGCUUCUGGAAGCAGGGUUACUGGAAGAACUUCCUCCGGGGCUUGCCCUACCACAUCUCGGCUCUCUACGUGGUCGACCUUGUACGCUUCCGUCAGAUGGCCGCAGGAGAUCGUCUGAGACAACAGUAUCACCAGCUGUCAGCAGAUCCCAAUAGUCUGAGCAACUUAGACCAAGAUCUUCCUAACCAUAUGCAGCAUGUCUUGCCUAUCCAAAGCUUGCCUCAGGAAUGGCUCUGGUGCGAGACCUGGUGCAGCGACGAGACUCUAGGUGUUGCGCGAACCAUUGAUCUGUGUAACAAUCCUCAGACCAAGGAGCCCAAGCUGGAGAGAGCCAGGAGACAGGUACCCGAGUGGACUAUCUACGACGAUGAGAUUGCGGCGUUGGCUCAACGCAAGGUUGGCGAAGGCAAGAGUCCUAUCGCUGGUCACGCGGGCGGUGCUGGUAUCCAGGCAGAGAUGCAGGAAGCGGAUGCAAGAGCUCAAAGAGAGGAGAACGAAAUGAAGAAGCAAAAGAGUCAUGAUGAGUUGUAGAGUUAGAUGAGUAUAGAAUCAAUAACAGCGACCUUUUCCCCAUACU